AAUAGCGUUUUCAUUUCUUAGUUCUGUUGAAAUGACUUAUCUCUUCUUGAUUUUCAAGUAUCAGCUUAACAAUCCAACAUAGAUGUAUUUUUUUUUCCACAGACUGAAAGGGCAAAGCUCAUAUAAUAGGGUGGAAUACAUCUCCCAUUGAAAAGGAUUGAAUUAAAAAAAAAAAAAAAUUAAGUACACAUUUCAAUGGCAGGGACAACCUUUGAAGUAUACUUCUGUGGAAAAUACAUCCCUGACUUCAGUCCAGUGCUCAUGGUUAUUCUUGGAAAGAGCAAACACAUUUAUUGAGUUUAAAAUUGAGACAGGGUUGCAUGGUAGGUAAAGCUUUGGGCUGUACAGGGACUCGAGGUAGAUGAUUUUUUUCAUCUCCUGCAUUUUACAGAUGUGUGAAUGUUGCUCUCAGAAGAGACAUGGGCCUGGUCCAAGGAAAUUUGGAAAGAGACCUCAGGCAACCGCUCUGUGUUUUCACAUGGAACAAGAUAUGAAACCAUGCACGUGUUCUAUUAAAUCUACAGAAAAGAACAAAUAAAUGGAAGAAACAGGAAAAACUUUUAAUCCUUACUGAUUUGUGGAUCCCAUAAGUUUACCAGAGAGGUUUGUACUAGUGUGUAGCAAACUUUAACUUGAGACUUACUUUUCAUACUUACGGAUAUAUUACACAGUAUUUUUCAACACUUUGUUCAAGAACCUAACUAAUGUCAUCUUCAAGACUAAAUAAGAGAUUAAGGAAAGCCAUACAACUGUACAAGUUGUCUAUUUCAAUGUUUUAUCAUAAUUUCUCUGAGCGGGAAAAAAAUUCUUGCUGAAUUUUUAGUCUGCACUUUUCAGCUCAAAACAUUUCUACAAAAUCAAGGUUAUUGAUUGGAAUCAAUGUAUGUUAUGAUCCUGAAAUAUAAAGGUUUAAUGCUAUCCAUGGGCUUCUUAAGAACUGAAUUAAGCUUCAAGAAACUGAGUGUUACAGGCAUGGACACUCACUUCAGUUAGUUUUCUAAUGAACUCAUUUUUUUGUGUGUGGGGGUUAGUGGUAAAUACAAUCUUUCAUGAUUCAGUCUUGAAAAACGUGUAUAUGACAACUGGUCUUUUUUUCUGGGGUGGAUUGUAAUAACUUCAGGUUCCAACAGGAAACACAGGGGCAGUUUCACAGGGCAGCAGUGACAUCGCAGCAUUUUCUUGCCUUACCUUCCUGAACAGCCACCCCUUGACUUCUCUGUGCAGUUCCAUGCAACACUUCUGCUUUAGUGUGCUGCAUAUGCAGAUGCUUUUGCAAGAAGUGUGGAAGUGGAGCAGCCAGCAGAGGCCAAGGAUCAUGACUAUGUGCAUCUUUUAUCUGUUUGUUUAGGUUUUUUGGGCAGAGAAAUGGAAACGGAAAAAUUUUCAGCAGCAUGGUUCUAUGAAUCUUACAAUUGAAGAGUUAAAUGGACAAAAAACCAGAGGGAAGCAAUUUGAAAUUCAAUAACUUUUAUGGGUUUUUCAGCCAAUCCUGACAGUUCCAUAUGUAUAUCAAAAAUUGCAGUGUUACUGAGUUAUGAUAUUGAGCAGUUAUUUAUCCACCCAUUUUUUUCAGAUUUUGCUGCUAUUUGAGACUUUAAAAUUAGUUACUUGAUGAAACUAUCUAACUUCACUUGCUGCUUGUGUGCAUCAGGACUUCAUUUCUUCAUUUGUUUUAUUUCUUCCCAGUUCAUCCAGCUGAUCCUGUCUAGUUAAAAGGAAGUGAGUGCUGUCCUAUUUCUUAUUUGUGCACAGAAUCACUUGUCAAGUUUGCAAGUUUUGCAAAAGUUAAGGACUCCUGAAAGCUCUUGAUGCUCUCAUGCCCAUCAGUGGGGAUAUGAUUUGUACACUUAAAAUUACCAGAAUCAAGAUGAGUUAAGCCAUGAAGUUGCCUAUUAAUAACAGUGACUAUGAUGCAACUUAAGAAAACGCAAAGAAAGAAAAUGGCUUCAUGUAAGAGAAAUUUGGGUCCAGCUGAAUAAGUCUGGGCCCACCAGGAGUGUUACUCUGAGUCUGACCCUUUGAACGCUGUGGGGCAGUGUGUUUUCCUGCUGCUAGGUGCGAGCUGGAGGCAAACUGAAAUACACUGAGGCAAAGUUAUUUCACAAAAGUUUGGGCUGAAGUUCACAAGGAGAGAAAAAGCAAGGAAGCUGUUUCAAUACUGUGUAUUUUUAUAUUUUCAGUACGUGUGAGUAGUAGCUGUUCACAUAAAUCUUGCUCAAUCUCCUCUGACACAAAUACUAUUGCAAGAGCUGCAUCUCCACUUAAGAUGACAGAUAUUAAGUUGGAUUGCUUUGAGCAGAUGAGGAAAUCUGCUUUUGUAAUGAAGGUUUCAGGCCACAGGAGUGGAAAGCAGAGAAGAAGAUCAUUAGGAUGGUGUGAAGCAAAGGAUAAAUGUGCAUACUGGGGGUGGAAAGGGCUCCUGGCACACCUCUGCCUAGAGCGUGUGUCAUCUGCUCCAACAGACAACCAGGGCUUGUUUUUUGUCUGUUGCAGGGACAGAUGUAUUAGAAAACACAGCCUGGUGUUCUUGCUGCCUGGCCUGGCCUCAAGCUAAACAGCACAGUUCCUGAAUAUGCAAUGGAAGAGUCGUGGAUUUCCUCCUGGACCAACCCCAUUUCCCAUCAUUGGAAGCCUCUGGUGGAUAAACUUUAGAGCUGAUCACCGGGGCCUGAAAAAGCUGGCAAAAACCUAUGGCAACAUCUGCACCCUGUGGUUGGGUCACAGACCUAUGAUGGUGCUCUAUGGGUUCCAAGCUGUGAAGAAUGGUCUCACCAACAACUCGGAGGAUGUUUCAGGGCGACUGCAGACCUACGUUUUCAACAAACUGGCAGAUGGAAAGGGUAUCUUGGUCUCAAAUGGUCUCAUCUGGAAACAACAGAGACAUUUUGGAUUUGGAACUCUCCGAAAACUGGGAAUGGGGAAUAAAGGAAUGGAGCGUGGGAUACAAACCGAGGCCCGUUACCUGGUGGAGUUCUUCAGAGACAAGGAGGGAGAAGCUGUGGACCCUUCCUUCCCCAUUGUCCAUGCUGUCUCCAAUGUGAUUUGUGCUGUGGUUUUUGGACAUCGUUUCUCUCUGGAGGAUAAAACCUUCCACCAGCUGAUUGAAGCCUUCGAUUGUAUAGUGGCUUUUGGGAACAGCCACUUUUAUUAUAUAUGUGAAAUGUUCCCGUGGUUUGCAGAGCACCUCCUAGGACCUCUACAGAAAGCAAGAUUUUCCCGGGAUUUUGUUUGUUCCUUUGUGAGGCAGGAAAUCAAAAGCCACAGGGAAACAGGCAGAAUAGAUGAACCAGAAGAUUUCAUUGACUUUUACCUGAAGCAGUUAGAGAAAACUAAAAAUGUCCCCAGUUCUACGUUUGAUGAAGACAACAUGGUGCAGUCUGUUUUUGACCUUUUUCUGGGUGGCUCAGAGACCACAGCCACCACUCUGCGCUGGGCUCUGCUCUAUAUGUUGGUUUACCCUGACAUCCAAGACAAAGUCCAGAAAGAGCUGGAUGCUGUUCUGAGUCCCUCCCAUCUCAUCUGCUACGAGGAUCGGAAGAAGCUGCCGUACACAAAUGCUGUGGUUCAUGAGAUCCUCCGCUUCAGCAGCAUUGUUUUAAUCACAAUUCCCAGAGAAGCUGUGAAGGAUACCACUGUUCUGGGGUAUCAUGUUCCAAAGGGCACUCUAAUCAUGGCAAAUGUAGACUCAGCUCUUUUUGACCCUGACUAUUGGGAGACACCUCACCAGUUCAACCCUGGCCAUUUCUUGGACAAGGGUGGAAAUUUUGUGACCCGAGAGGCCUUCUUGGCCUUCUCAGCAGGUCACCGUGCUUGUCCGGGAGAGACAAUGGCCAAGAUGGAGCUUUUCAUCAUGUUCUGCAGCCUGUUGCAGAAAUUCAAGUUCACUGUACCAGAAGGAGUUAAGGAAAUCAACACAGACUUUGUCUUUGGGAGCACCAUGAAACCUCAUCCCUACAAACUCUGUGCAGUUCUGCGCUAGGUUGCUCAGCAUUAGAGAUUUAAGAAGCACAGACACAGGUUUGGUAGUGUGCUGGUAUUUGUGCAGCUUUAUGGUUCUCAUUUUUAGCUCAAAUUCAGUACAAAUCUCUCCUUGUGUUAUAUGUCUUAGAAGCCAGGCCUAAAAAAUGCUCUGGUUUUUCUGUGUCUGGAAAGUGUCUGUGCUGCAUUUUUUUUCCUGCUGUGUUACAAAUUAAAUAA